AUGGCUCCGCCCGUGGGAAAAAGCAUGUCUAAGGAUACCGAAUUCACCUAUAUUCCGGUUAUUGUCAUCGGUGCUGGUGCUGCAGGUAUCUCCAUGGGGUGUCGCCUAAAAAGCGAGCUUCAAUUCGACCAAUUCCGCAUAUUUGAUCGUCUAUCAGGAAUUGGUGGGACAUGGCAAAUAAACAAAUAUCCGGGGAUUGCAUGUGAUGUUCCAACUAUCCUCUAUUCAUUCUCGUUUAAACCGAAUUACGUUGGCAAAACUCUCUUCGCAACAGGUCAUGAGAUUGUCACAUACUUCCAUGAUGUGUGCCAGCAUUUUGGAAUACGGGAUAAUAUUCAGUUAAAUUCAGAUAUUACUGAAAUUCGAUGGCUAGAGGAUGAAGAGCUAUGGGAGGUAACUGUCCGUCAUCUUGUCACGGGAAAGGGCGACUUGAGUGCCAGCAACAGGGAAAAAUUGGCGGAACGCGAGGGAUAUGAUUCGGUAUAUUUACAUACUGAAAAAUUUCGGGCAAAGAUUGUCGUCAGUGCGGUGGGUGGGAUUGUUGAACCCCGAGAGUUUCCAGCCGAUACCCCAGGAUUAGAGGAGUUUGAAGGCUCCAUAUUUCAUUCAUCACGAUGGGAUGAGACCAUUGACUUUGCAGGUAAGAAUAUCUUGGUACUUGGAACAGGCGCUAGCGCGUCACAGUUUGUUCCCCUUCUAACGAAGGAACCCUAUAAUGCAAAGUCAGUGACCCAGGUGAUGCGCUCUGCACCAUGGGUCCACCCGAAAGAGAAGGAACCGGGUGGUAAAGAAAAGUUUGCUGCCACAGCGCCCAAAUUGUUCACCAACUGGCCGAUUUUGGGCCGGAUUGUCAGGACGAUGAUGUUCCUGGUAACCGAAGUUGAAUAUAUGACUCUCUUCUCGGAAUACAAUCCAACGCGAGCCGCACGCAACAGGAGAAAGCUGCAGGAAAAAUAUCUGGAACAUAUGAAGCAGACGGUGCCAAGCCAAUACCACGACAUCUUGACCCCAGACUAUGAAGUUGGGUGUAAGCGACGAUUAUAUGAUGCGUAUUGGUUCCAGUCAUUGCACGAUGAAAAGAUCACGCUCAAAAAGCAACCACUCAAAAGACUGCAGGCAAAAAGUCUCGUUCUCGGUGCAGCAGGGGGUGGCCUAGAAGACGGCGAAGAAGAAACUGUUCCUGCAGACAUUAUCGUUCUAGCGAACGGUUUCGAUAUCGGCAAUUGGUUCCAUCCUCUCUCGGUUGUUGGCCGUGAAGGACGCAAAAUCCAGGAUGUGUGGAAGGAAAGAAAUGGGCCGCAAGCAUAUCAAGGAACCGCAAUGGAUGGUUUUCCCAAUUUCUUCAUUCUCUUCGGCCCCAAUACAGCAACUGGACAUAGUUCUGUAAUACUUGCCAUCGAGAAUAUGGUCACAUACAGCCUCCAGUUCAUUCGGAAAAUUCUUGAUGCGGACGUUGAGCUCGUGGAGGUUAAGAAGGAAGCUGAAAUUGAAUGGACACGACAAGUACAGUCAGAAAUUCAAAAAAGUGUCUUCAAUCGUGGUGGAUGUACGAGCUGGUAUAUUCGAGAAGGAUGGAAUUCCACCGCAUACCCGUAA